AUGGGGCUGCCUGGUCUGGACAGUGGCAGUGGCAUGGGCUGCAUGCAGUUUUGCUCCAAGGACAUUGACUAUUUCAACCCUGGUGAGGGCCAGAAUGUUGAGGUCUGUGAUAAAGACCAAGUCUAUCAGAACAUAUUUAGCUUCACCAACUAUCUCAGGGUUAAGGCUACUACCAUGGAUCCAGCCUUGAUCUAUCAGAAUCUUGAUACCUGCCUCCUGGGAAAGGCAGAUAAGUGGUAUACAGAAGAGUUAUCCUACAUACAACAUGUUGGAAUUCAAAUGAACACCAAUGGUGUUAAAAAAUGGUACAAGGCAUUGGAACAACAUUUUAGGGACCUGCCAGAGAAAUCCCUAGUUGUGUUAAAAACAUGCUAUUAUAUCAUUCAGGACACUCAACAAAACCAAGAUGUCUUAGAGUAUAUACAAUCAAUCAUAUUGAAUGACAAGAACUCUAGCACUACUAUCUCCAAUUAUACUCAAGUGCUCUUGGUAUAUGAGCAUAUUGAUGGAAGCCUAUACCAAGACUUUCCUAUCCCCACCAAAAAUACCACCAUGGCAGAUUUCAUUCAAAUCUUUUACAAAAAGAGUCAUGUUUGGUUUAACAUCUACAAAUAUCAAGGUCAAACCCAGACUCAAGAAGGCAAGAGUAACAAGCAUGACCAGAGAGGUACUUUUAAUCAAUUUCCUUUAACCUAG